AUUAUCGAUGAACAUCAAACUUCUGAUUACAUAUAUUGGUUAGAAAUGAACCAGAAGGAAAACACGCAAGAUUACAGACCAGAGGUAAUUUUAACUGAAAUAGAUAAUGAAAAUUCAGGGCAGAAUUUGCAAAAUGAAAAAGAGGAAAAUACGAGGUUGGAAGAAGAGCUAUUAAACCAUGUAGCCAACAGCAAAGCAAUCUUCAAGAGCCAACAAAAGGAUGAUCCAGACUUAACAUUCGAAGAAAAACUAAAUAUUGCACAUAAUGUACUAAAAAAGAGCUACUGUUUAUUCUUAUCUAAAUUCGGGCAUUACAUGAAGGAAGAACAUUUAAAGUAUUUUGAAAAAAAAAAAGACGAAGACUAUGAGGUCUCCUAUCAUAUUAAUCGACUACAGAGAUAUUUUAACAAUUGGACAAGACAAACUGAUGUAAGAAACAGAAGAUACCAAGCUUUAAAAAGUUUAAUAGAACAGGGAGAAUACUUCAGUGAAUCUGAGAUGAUGAAACGAAAUCCAUUGUUAUAUGACCACCUAGUUGGACAAUAUAUGACUGAAGAGGAUAAGAAAAGAAGGGACAACAUAGAUACCAAGAAUAUUACUUUUGUAAAUCUUCUAAUGGAAAACAUUGAGAGAGAUGCAGUAAAACAAAAACAAAAGUUACAAGAGGAGGAAGAGCAGAGUGUAAUGGAAGAAACUGAAUCAGAUGAAGAAGAUGAUGAUACUUUCAUUGCAGAGCAUUUAAACUAUAAUGAAGAACAUGGUGGAGAGUGGGGUGAAUUACCUGAAUUGCAGAAUCAGAUACAUAAUGUAAAUGUGGGGAAAUCAUUAAAUAAAGGCUUAUACAAUAUCUCAAACAUGGAGAAACAAAUGCUGAAGCAAGAAUUUGUGAGUAAUAUGUAUCACAACUUUUUAGAAGGAAAAGAUUCUGAUUUUGAUUAUAGUACUGUAGAUGAGAAUGAAGCAUUUGACAAUAUAGAUUUGAGAACUCAAGAUGAAGAAGACAAGUAUUUUGAUGCAGAAUCUCCUGAGAAUGUAGGUCCAACUGAAGGAACAAAUGAAGUUGAAUCUGAGGAUGAAUUGGAUAUGUAUAUGAAAUCACUGAAGGAGCCGGUCAGUACAAGUAUACUCCCUUUGGAUAAUCUUGUAUGUGAUGAUUACUCUUAAAUGUAAUCUUGUAUGUAUAUGUACA